AUGAGUCGGGGUGAAAUCGGAUUUGCGACGCUACCGGAGCAAGUGCACCGGAAGUCCGUGAAACGAGGCUUCGAGUUCACUCUGAUGGUGGCCGGAGAAACGGGUCUGGGGAAAUCCACGCUCAUUAACAGUCUCUUUCUCACCGAUCUCUACAAAGACAGACAAGUCCCCGAUGUUCACGGCAAGAUCGAGAAAACUAUUUCAAUCGAGAAGAAGACGAUGGAAAUCGAGGAGAAAGGCGUGAGAUUGCGGCUCAGCGUCGUGGACACUCCAGGCUUCGGAGACUCCGUGAACUGUGAGGAACAUUGGCAAGUCCUCGAUCGGUACCUGACUGACCAAUUCAAGCAAUAUUUCGAAGCAGAGAGUGGCUUGAAUCGAAAGAGCAUUCAAGACAACCGAGUCCACUGCCUUCUGUAUUUCAUUCCUCCCUAUGGUCGAGGACUCCGGCAAUUGGAUGUCGAAGUGAUGAAAAAAAUCCAUAAACGGGUGAAUCUCGUCCCGGUGAUAGCCAAAGCGGACAUGUUGACGCAACCUGAAGUGAAGUUCCUCAAGGAAUGUAUCAAGCGAGACAUAAAAGAACAUCACAUUAAGAUCUACAAGUUCCCGGAAUGUGACAGCGACGAAGAUGAGGAAUUCCGGAAGCAAGACCGGGAUCUGAAAACUGCGGUGCCGUUCGCUCUCAUCGGCAGUUCACAAACCUUCGAAGUGAACGGGAGACGAAUACGAGGCAGGCUAUAUCCCUGGGGAGUCGUAGACGUCGAGGACCCUGGGCACAGUGACUUCGUGAAACUUCGAACGAUGCUCAUCUCCACACACAUGCAAGAUUUGAAGGAAGUUACCCACGAUGUCCUCUACGAGAAUUUCCGGACUCAACAGAUCUCUCAGAUGUCCCAGCCCCCGGGGAAAGAACGGAAGAGCUCCCCACUGACUACGGGAUUCUCUUCCAUCCUCCCCCCUCAUGCUUCCUCUCUCCAUCUCUCGAUUAGCAAGCUGAAGCGGGGUUCCAUCCACGCAGAUCAGGUCUCCGAAACCGAUAAACUUCUGCAACAGAAGGACGAAGAAAUUCGUCGAAUGCAAGACAUGCUGCAGCAGAUGCAGGAGAAGCUGCGAGCGUCUGGAAAGGGUGGGAUCUUUAGUGAAUCGGUUGAAGGACGGAUCGGACUUGGUGGGCCUCCCAGCAAAAGAGGAAGCCGGGAUUCCAUCAUCGAUGUCUGAAUUUCAGACGUUCUUCCUAUUCUGUUCCAUCCCAUCAGGGUUAUCCACCAUGCUCACCCUUAUAGGGGCGUACAAUGUGGGAUCAGUCUAAUGCAGAGAGAAACAUAGACAGCUUCCCAUCAUGUUUUGUAGCUCGCAGCAGGUAUGGGUGCCGACCGCAAACCCGAAACGAAUUUGCCACCUGAGAUUUUGUAUUUGGUGAAACUGCCUCCUCAGUUCCUUUCUUUGUGAACGGAUACAAUCACAUUCCGAU